CAGCUUCUACAACAGAAACCAACGAUAAACGAAUUUGGAUCGCCCAACUGGUUAUUGGUUCUUUGUCUUCUCCUUUCGUGGCUACUUAUAUUAGUAUGUCUCUUCAAAGGAAUACAGUCACUCGGCAAAAUAGUCUACUUCACAGCGAUAUUUCCAUAUUUCAUGCUGACGGUACUCUUAGUAAGAGGUGUCACGUUAGAAGGUUCUUUAAACGGCAUCAUCUUUUUCCUGAAGCCUGAUUUUAAGCAUCUCUUAAAAACAAAAGUAUGGAGCGAUGCAGCGACUCAAAUAUUUUUCUCUUUGAGCACGGGUACUGGUGGUUUAAUAACACUAUCAAGUUUUAACAAGUUCAAAAAUAAUUGCUUGAGAGACUCUAUUCUUCUGACAUUAAUAAAUGGUGCAACAAGUAUAUUUGUCGGUUGCAUUGUAUUCUCUAUCCUUGGAUGUAUAUCUCAUGAAAAAGGUGUUCCUAUUUCUAGUGUAUCAGGAAAAGCUAAAAGAAUCUGUACCAUAAUUUCGGAUACCUAUAAUCGUGAACGAAGACUCCUUGAACUCAGAUCAAUACUAAUCAAAAGACAUUACCCUAUAUCAUUAAUAGCUGAUGGCAUUGAACGAGCUAAGGAAAUGGAUAUACGAACAUUAAGGGAAGCCAAACGAAAUACUAAAGCAAUGAUUAGUGUUUUUAGGAAACCG